ACCAUCUCUCAUCAUGUCCUCAGUGAUGCAGAAACUGAUCAGCCCUGUGGCCGGCAGCGCUGCUGAGCUACCCAAGAACAAGGUGACGGUGGUCGGUGUGGGCCAGGUGGGCAUGGCCUGCGCUGUCAGCAUCCUGCUGCGGGAUCUGUGUGAUGAGCUGGCUCUGGUGGAUGUGAUGGAGGACCGUCUGAAGGGUGAGAUGAUGGACCUGCAGCACGGCAGCCUCUUCCUCAAGACCUCCAAGAUCGUUGCGGACAAAGACUACGCGGUGACAGCCAACUCUCGCCUGGUGGUGGUGACAGCCGGCGUUCGCCAGCAGGAGGGCGAGAGCCGCCUCAACCUGGUGCAGAGGAACGUCAACGUCUUCAAGGCCAUCAUCCCCCAGAUCAUCAAACACAGCCCCAACUGCACGCUCAUCGUCGUCUCCAACCCCGUGGAUGUGCUUACCUACGUGACCUGGAAGCUGAGCGGUCUGCCCAAACAUCGCGUCAUCGGCAGCGGCACCAACCUGGACUCCGCCCGCUUCCGCUACAUGAUGGCCGAACGUCUCGGCAUCCACGCCAGCUCCUUCAACGGCUGGGUGCUGGGCGAGCACGGAGACACCAGCGUGCCUGUGUGGAGCGGCGCAAACGUGGCCGGAGUCAACCUGCAGAAGCUGAACCCUGAUAUCGGCACUGAUGCUGAUAAGGAGCAGUGGAAGGCCACACACAAGGCUGUGGUGGACAGUGCCUACGAGGUGAUCAAGCUGAAGGGUUACACCAACUGGGCCAUCGGCCUGAGCGUGGCCGACCUGACCGAGAGCAUCGUCAAGAACAUGAGCCGCGUCCACCCCGUCUCCACCAUGGUCAAGGACAUGUACGGCAUCGGUGAGGAGGUCUUCCUGUCUCUGCCCUGCGUCCUGAACAGCAGCGGUGUGAACAGCGUGAUCAACAUGACCCUGACAGACGAUGAGGUGGCUCAGCUGAAGAAGAGCGCCGACACACUGUGGGGCAUCCAGAAGGACCUCAAGGACAUCUGAACACUCCAGCCCAUAUAACACAAACACACACACACACACACACACCAAUGAUCCGGAGAGGCCUGUCGACACGCACACACUCUCUUUUAGACUCUUAUUUUUUAAAGGACAAUACCGGCAGUUUUUAAAUGAUGAUGUCAAUAAAAUGAUCAGUUUUAUAAUGUAUGUCAUCAGUUCGGCAUUAUGUCACCGUCUACUUCCUGUCAAUCACCAACACCUCAAACAAGUCUAAAAAUAAACUGGUAUUGUCCUUUAAAAAAAAUAAGAAGAACUAAAACAUUUGAUCCCUGACAGCUUGUAGGUUUAAGUUGCUAUAUUACUGUAUUUGUGGUAGCAGGUGUUACUGUACUCUGUAAGGAUUCUUGUGUUUCAGCUGUUUGGAGCCGGAUCAAACACAACCCUCAAAGCCAAAAGUGUCACUGUUCUCUUCCUGUAUGUACUGAGUCGCUCCUUCAGUUCCCUACAGGGAAAUCACUGAGGAAAAAAGACCCUUAAACGUCCAGAGAAAGACCCUAAAUAUCCCACAGGGACACUGUUUUCCUACCUGCCUUUGUCUAAAAAGUGAGACUCUGCAACAGAGAGACGACUGCACAUUUAGAUCAUCACACAUCAAAUAGUGUCAUUGUGAGUGUGAAUGUGGGUUUUUUUCUUCUUCUCCUGUUUCCUCUGUGUUAUCAAAGGGAGAUGGAGCGGUGGGGGGGGGGGGGGGGGAGAGGGGGAACGUCUUUUUAAACAUCGGUUUGUGAUUGUCUGACCUUGUGUUGUAAUCUGUUGGAAACAGCAACGUGUA